AUACAGUAGGUGGCGGUAAUACUCCUAAGGAGUGAACGGCCAUUGAACAAAAAGAAGAAGAAGAAGAAGAAGGACCUCCCCCAAAGAUUUCGCUUUGGUGGAUCUGUAUAUUUUGUAUGGGAGAGCGCUGAGGAUUUCACAUCACUAUGGGCCACAGAAAGAGAGGUCACACUCAUGCACAUAAAACGGCCCCAUCCUUGGACACACACUCCUCCAACACACUCCGGCACUCUGACCAUGAGCAGGGCCUGAAGCACAGGAUUUGUAUGGUGUCAGACUUCUUCUACCCAAACAUGGGUGGCGUGGAGAGUCACAUCUACCAGCUCUCACAGUGCCUCAUAGAGAAGGGCCACAAGGUUGUCAUAGCAACACAUGCAUAUGGAGACCGUCGUGGGAUUCGCUACCUGAUCAACGGACUAAAGGUGUAUUACCUACCACUGCAGGUCAUGUAUAAUCAGUCCACGGCAACCACCUGCUUCCACAGUUUGCCGUUACUCCGAUGUGUGUUCGUGCGUGAACGCAUCACGAUCGUGCAUGCUCACAGCUCCUUCUCCGCGAUGGCCCAUGAUGCUCUGUUCCACGCCAAGACUAUGGGACUCAACACUGUAUUCACAGAUCACUCUCUCUUUGGAUUUGCGGACCUGAGUUCUGUACUGACCAAUAAGCUGCUGACUGUCUCACUGUGUGACACCAAUCACAUUGUGUGUGUGUCGUACACUAGUAAAGAGAACACUGUACUGCGGGCCGCCCUGAACCCCGAAAUUGUCUCCGUCAUCCCUAAUGCUGUUGACCCCACUGACUUCACCCCUGACCCAUGUCGCCGUGACAACAGCAAAAUCACCAUUGUGGUCAUCAGUCGACUGGUUUACAGGAAAGGGAUUGAUUUACUAAGUGGAAUCAUUCCUGAAUUAUGUGAAAAGCAUCCAGAUCUCUGCUUUCUGAUUGGUGGAGAGGGACCCAAAAGAAUCAUACUGGAAGAGGUUCGAGAGAAAUAUCAGCUUCAUGACAGGGUUCGUCUUCUGGGAGCACUGGAUCAUAAAGAUGUGAGGGAUGUUCUUGUUCAGGGUCAUAUCUUUCUCAACACUUCUCUCACUGAGGCCUUCUGUAUGGCCAUAGUGGAAGGGGCCAGCUGUGGGCUGCAGGUGGUGAGCACCCGUGUUGGAGGUAUACCUGAAGUCCUGCCUGAUGAGUUGGUAACUCUGUGUGAACCAUCAGUUCAUUCACUUUGUGAUGGCUUGGAAACUGUAAUUGCAAGAAUACGAACAGGAAACGUGGCGUCUCCUGCCACCAUCCACCGCAAGGUCCGAACAUUGUACACUUGGAGAAAUGUCGCUGAGCGCACAGAAAAGGUGUAUAAUCGGGUGUGCAGGGAGCCCGUUUUGUCGUUGUCUGUGCGAUUGCAUAGACUGCGCUCUCACUGUGGUGCCAUGGCAGGCUCCAUUUUCUCCUUUGUUGCUGUUAUCAACUUCAUCUUCCUGCUUUUCCUGCAGUGGCUGCGCCCAGAUCAUCUAAUUGAUGUUGCUGUAGACUCAUCAGGCCCCCACAGCCGCAUGGGGCAGCUUCUUAGUAAGAAGAAAAGUAAAGCGCCAAACCCGGCUCUGUCCUGACUAAUGAUCUAACAUGACCUCACAGUAGGCUUAUGAUUAACUUUAUUUAGAAGGGGAAGGAUGCAAGUGAACUGAACUAAAACUGUAGUACCGGUACAUCAUAGUGCACUAUUGGCGCUUUUCCACUGCAUGGU